UGCUGCUUCUACUGUGAUUACAAGAGGACAGCUUCAAAAAACAGGGGAGAACCUCAUGUGCAGAUUUCAAGAUGAGCCACUCAGGUAAUGACCUGGUAAUCAUAUAUGAAGAGGAAGCAGAACAAUGGGCUACAUACUUGAAAUCUGUUUUCAUAGAGAAGAUCAAUGUCCAGAACAUGUGCUGUUAUGACAUAGGAAUGGUUUCCAUUAAGAAUGAUGAUUUUCUGAAAUUCAGCUUCUACAAAUGUAAACUGCUUAUCUUGUCAAAGGGAAUGCUGGAAACGAUGUGUCAGAUCAGGAGGUUCUUUUUGUCCCGGGUCCUGCAGCCUCCCCAAACAGUGGUAAUCCUGCAGUGUGGGGUCGAAAGUUCAAGCAAGCUGUUUGACUUGGUGCCCCUUGGGAGUGAGUGCCUUGAGAUUUCCAGCGAGCAAGAUCCACAGGAAUACUUAGCUACUGUCACUGGCAUCAUAUAUAAAGGUGCACAGGCUGCUACAAACGUCAAUGCAAGAACAGCUGAGCUGGAAUUCAAAGUAGAAAAAAAGCAUUCUGUUGGGGCUCUUCCUGUCAAGUCAUCAAUCCUAGUUAUUCCAACAAGAAUUCCAUGUGAGAAACCUGAAGACAUUUUCAUUCUGCUGCGAGAUGCGUUAAACCCAAAAGACAUUGAAAUUGAGUUCCAGGCAAACAACCAGAAAGUAAAGGUGAAGCCCACGCCUUGGAAUGAGAAAAUACUCUGUGUGAAAGCAUUAGAUUUUCCUGCAGGAACUAUAAAUAUCAAUAUCUACUGCAGAGGAGUUAUUACAACCAAGACGGAAAUCCAAUACUACACCGCAAUGGGGGAGAUAGAACAUCUUCUCAAGAAAGCUGCAGAUCCAAUAGACUUUAUGUGUCAAGCGUUCCAGAUUUCAUCCAUUGACAAGCUCGACCAGUUGCUCACCUCCUCUCUGAAGGACAGGAUGCCUGCAGGUGGUUUGGGGGUUCUGCAAAUUGAUGGCAGCAAUAAAAGCAUAGUUCAGCAUUCAGACGAGCUUCCAACUCUCCUCCACUUUGCUGCUAAGAAUGGGCUGAAGAAUUUAGCAGCUCUGCUCUUACAGUGUCCAGGUGCUCAACAGGCAGCCAGGAUGACCAACAAGCACAGGGAGAGCCCGGUCACUCUUGCUGAGAAACACGGCCACACAGACCUUCAAAAACUCAUUGAAGAAAUACUGCACGAGGCAAGGAGCACUGAAGAUGAAGAAAUUGAUGAAGAUUGUGUUUAUGAACUCAUGGAAUCUGCUUUAAAAGUUUGCCCAAGCAAGUAUUAACAACUGCAAUACAUGUUCUCAGGCAGAAAUGAACUUCACAUAUCACUUUUAAAUACUGUACCUUUGUAAAGUUGUGACAUAUCGUGACAGGAGAGUCGCCAAGUAUUGCAAAGUAUAAUAGCUAUACUGUAAUAAGCAUGUGAAAUCAUUAACGACCAAGCAUGUUCAAUCACAGAGAACAUGAUAAAGCAUAAAAACAUGUUUCCAAGUAGAAAACUGUAACUAAACUGCAAGAACUUUACACAUUAGCCAAUUAUAUUUUGCUUUAAUAAUGGGCAAACUGGAAUAGAACACAAAAGCUUUUUUUUCACUUCUCAUUUACUCUCCAUAAUCUAUAAUCCUUCCUUUGUGAAGAGAACCCCUUUCCUUUUUCUUUAUCAGGCAAUGAAAGGAAAGAGGCGCUUAAU